AAACAUUACACCUGUUCUGAUGCUGCAAAACUUGUUUGACAGACAGUUGUCUGACGGAGUUAUUCUUGUUAUUUCCUUUCCACCAUUCACAUGUGAUCGUUGUUCUUGGACGGUGCAGGAAAGCACCAGCUUGUCGAGAAUCAAAGGACAUUUUAGACUCUGCGUUUAUAUUUCAGACAAAUGUUGAACAACAUUACAUUUUUUAAGAAACUUUUUUUUCGUCUUCAAGACAUGAGCCUGUAAUGAAGGUCAUGGCUGCAAAAGUUUAAGAGGUGAACCAUGUCCCUGUCAAGCUGCCAGAUGACUCGUCAGAGGCAAUUUGCCUCCGGCUGCUUCCUGUUGGUGUGUUUCCUGGUCAUUUUAUUUACAUACUACAAGCCUGAAAUCGAGUUCCCGGAUUUUCGUGAUUAUCUGAGGAGAGGCAAUCAUUCUUGUGAGUGCCCUGUGGAAGCACAUAUCCAGGACUCAAACCUAAACCGUUCCUCGGAGCAGCAAGUGGAAGCACCUACCGAUGGUCCCCAGCAUAUCCAGGACGUGGAGGUGGACGCUGAGCCUGAUACUCUUCUCUUGAUUUGGACGUGGCCAUUUGGCUCCAAAUUCGAUCUCAACUGCGAUAUGUUCAAUUAUAAAGGAUGCCGCUUGACCGAUGACAAGUCUCUUUACCAACAAGCCCACGGGGUUUUCAUCCACCACAGGGACAUUCAUGGAAAUCUGGGAAACUUGCCGAGUGAGCCACGUCCCUGGUUUCAGAAAUGGGUUUGGAUGAACAUGGAGUCACCUACACACUGUUCAAAAUUACCCGGACUUGAUAACUUGUUCAACUUGACCUCCUGUUAUCGCUCAGAUUCACAUAUCCCAGUGCCUUAUGGGCAUUUGGUGCCACAAACAUCUGAGGUGGAGAGUUUCCAGCUGCCAACCAAAGACAAGUUGGUCUGUUGGAUCGUGAGCAACUGGCAUGACGGGCACAAAAGAGUUCAGUACUACAACGAGCUAAAAAAACACAUCCAGUUAGAAACUUACGGGAGGGCUUUUGGCAAAAAUGUAGAUGAUCAAAACUAUGCCAAAAUAUUAUCUAGUUGUAAAUUCUACCUCUCCUUUGAAAACUCUCAGCACACAGAUUAUAUCACAGAGAAGGUAUUCAAUCCCAUGAAACUGGGAACUGUACCUGUAGUUCUUGGCACUUCAAGAGAAAACUACGAGGACCAUAUCCCAGGGGACUCUUUUAUUCAUGUCGAUGACUUUUCCACUCCAAAGGAGCUGGCAGAGAGGCUCCUUCACCUAGACCAGAAUAUGACUGAAUACAUGAGAUUCUUUGACUGGAAAAAUAGGUAUAAAGUUGAAGGUUCACAGUUCGGCAGAGAACAUGCCUGCAAAGCUUGUCGUUACUUAGAAAAAAACAAAGGAUACCAAGCUAGUCAUUCUCUUACCAAGUGGUUCUGGGACCAAUAGCACUAAAUAUAAGAGCAUUGGUCAAAUUAUCUUUUCAUAUGGUUCACUGAUAAGAAUGGACUUAAGGGAAUUUCUCUGGUGAAGGAAUCAUAAUAUGAACUGGAUUCUACCCAGGACCCAGUAUUUCUUAUGAAGGGGUUCACCCCUGUCAGACUGGUUGGUAGAAGGGUGAGGUCUGGACCCAAAAGGACUCACUCACUUUGGGGGCGAUUUUUAAUUAAGGGGGCAGAUCAAAGAAAAUGUCACCUUUUGUGUUUAUAAAAUGUUAUCUUAAUAUCUUCGGAAAUUGUGGAUAUUUAAGAAAGGUGAACCGGGAACAACUGGAUGCAGAUAUGGAUGUAUACUCUCUAAAUUUGAACUAAUGUCAAACAGCUCCAUGUUGUGGUGGUGGAAUCUUAAGUAAGAUAGCCUGUGAAAUACAAACUGAUAAAUAUACUUUGUUGAAUGUGUCUUUAUGUGCAUCUUUCACAACGAGGUGACAUCCUCACAUCCUUCAUGACACUCUCACAAUAAAAUUUUGAUUAGG